GGCUCGUGGAGCGCGGCUGGUGGCGAUUGUGGAGCUGUCUGCGCCGGUUGGUCCCAGUCCCCUUCGGCGUUCUCCCUGCGCCAGCCUACCUCGCCCCUUGGCGCCAUGACCACUACCACUACCUUCAAGGGUGUGGACCCCAACAGCAGGAACAGCUCCCGGGUUUUGCGGCCUCCAGGUGGUGGAUCCAAUUUUUCACUAGGCUUUGAUGAGCCAUCAGAACAGCCUGUGAGGAAGAAUAAGAUGGCUUCUAGCAUCUUUGGGACACCUGAAGAAAACCCUCCGUCUUGGGCAAAGUCAGCAGGUGCCAAGUCUACCACUGGUGGCAGGGAAGAUUCUGAGUCACCUGGAGCGCAGAGAAGUAACCCCUCUGAAGUGAGUUCUGGAGACUUCUUAGACCUCAAGGGAGAAGGUGAUAUGCAUGAAAACGUGGACACAGACUUCCAAGCCAACCUGGGGCAGAUUGAAGAGAAGCCCGUGCCUGCUGCUCCUGUGCCCAGCCCAGUGGCUCCAGCCCCAGCGCCAUCCAGGAGAAACCCCCCUGGUGGCAAGUCCAGCCUGGUCUUGGGUUAGCUUCUUCUGUUGGAACUCUGUCCUUCUGUUUGUUUGUUUUUCCAUGCUUGUGAACUGCACAACUGUACAUCUUUUGGAUCUGUUUCAUUAAAAGAGAAGCACUUUAUGUACUGCUGUCUUUUUUUUUUUUUUUUUUUUAAUCCCCCAUGCUUUCUCUAUUCCUUUUUCUUGUGUCUGACUUCUGGGUCUGUGGGCCCUGGCAUGAGUGUUUUCUAGUAGACUGGAGUAGUAGACUGUCUUUAAAGAACAAAUGAUCUGGUUCCUGAUGUUGUUAGCGUCGCUUUUGUACCAGGGUUUUGGAUGCUGUACUUGGCUUACUGUGGUGGGACACCCAGCAGCCACAGGGGCUGUGAUGGAGCAUGCUCCUUGGUGUCUGCUCCACCAUCACCGCAUCCUCUGCUAAGUGCACCUUCCUGUCCAAGUGGAAUGAUACAAAGAUGUGCAUCUCAUGCCCGCUGCCUGCAAGAGGACGGAAGCCAGGGCCAUUGUGACGGGCUAGCUGCUGGGCACAGCCACCCAGGUGCAGAGGAGCUUCAGGUGUACGAUCAGCUGCCUGGAAUUCCAAGGUGAAGCACACAAGGAGGCAGUCCCAGAGUGGGGCUGUAGGCACGGGUUCCACAGGGACAUCGUAAUGGAAUAACUCAGAGCCAUGUGCAUGACGCUUGACCAUGAAGAAAGUCUCAUCCUUGAAACCUGUACUUUCUAGGUCCUGGACUGUUGCUUAAAGUAAAACAAUA